GUGUUUUGGUUAUUCACCAACUAAAAAGCAAAUUAGUACCAUCCAUUAAGCAUGACAAAGUUCAUAAUUUUCUCAGUUUUUGUUGUUUUGCUUAUUGCGAGUGGAGCAGUCAUGGCUCAUGAUGAAGGCUCUAACUUGGAGGAUGAUCUUAUCAAAAAAUUUGGUUGUGAAAACAAGAUGCAUCAAUGGGAGUUUUCUAAUGUAUUGAUCACUCGCCGAGCUAAUCUGAACUGCCCAAAGACAAAACCAGUUCAACCUGAGGCUUAGGCCUCGUUUGGUAUAGCGGUUUUGAGCUAAUAAAGCAGUCGAAAGCAAAGUCGUGGCAAGGCAACAUGCAGGGAGCAGCCGCGUAAGAGCUGGAGGCAUAGCUGCCAUUGUGUUUGGUUGUACAUUUGUGGCGCUUCUAGCAAUGGGAGUUUUCUAAUGUAUUGAUCACUCGCCGAGCUAAUCUGAACUGCCCAAAGACAAAGCCAGUUCAACCUGAGGCUUGAUUUCCUGAUUUCCUGGCUAUAUGUCCAGUAGGCUUGAUAAUAUUCAGAGCAAGUCCUUAUGUAUGUUCUGUGAUUUCCUUCGUAUAUGUAAAGUAGGCUUGAUGAUAGUUGGACCAAGGGCUUAUGUAUGUUCUAAUAUUUUCUUCUCUUUGGAUUAUGAGUGUGUUAAUGAUGGUGACUUUGUUUAUGAUA